GAAGUGAGUGCAGCCUGCGGAGAGCGUUGGAUUGUGGGUAUCUUGUGUUUCCUGAUAGAUUCUGACAGUCAGCUGUUGCGGUAAAGUUUUGACAAAGUUUGACAAGCUUUUUUUUUGUCGACUGUUGUUUUUGUUUUUUGCUCACAUGUUCUCUGAUAUAUUCCGAUACUGGAACUAAAGUUUGCUGCCUCUCGUCUGUCGUCGUGCUGCAUCCUGUAAAAGUACGCGGUUUAUGUAAUUCGUGAAAGUUAUUGACAACGGUGGGAGAACUUUCGGAAUGAGUUUGAACGAGCACUCCCUGCAGGCUCUGUCCUGGAGAAAACUUUACCUGAGUCGAGCCAAACUUAAAGCCACCAGUCGCACUUCGGCUCUGCUGUCGGGCUUCGCUAUGGUUGCCAUGGUGGAGGUGCAGCUGGAGAGGGAUCAUAAAUAUCCUCCAGGGCUGCUGAUAGCCUUCAGUGCUUGUACCACAGUCCUGGUUGCAGUGCAUCUCUUUGCCCUCAUGAUCAGCACCUGCAUCCUCCCUAAUCUGGAGGCCGUCAGCAACGUUCACAACCUCAACUCGGUCAACGAAUCUCCCCAUGAGCGCAUGCACCGCCACAUAGAACUGGCCUGGGCUUUCUCCACCGUCAUCGGCACCCUCCUCUUCCUGACUGAGGUGAUGCUCUUGUGUUGGGUGAAGUUCUUGCCCCUCAAAAGCAACGCGGGAGAAAAUAACAGCACCAUAAGUCCUGGCGAGGCCGCAGCCAUAGCGUCCACGUGCAUCAUGGUACCAUUUGGAAUUGUUUUUAUCGUGUUUGCCGUCCACUUUUACCGCACGCUUGUCAGUCAUAAAACGGACCGGCAGAUCCGAGAGCUGGAGCAGGUCAUUCGGCUCCAGAACCAGCUAGACCACAGGGCUGAGAAUGAUGACCUGAAGGCCGCCGUCCACUUUCCCUGAUUUAUAUGUUGUAGCAGAGACAUUCAGCACUGCUUCCACUGGGAAAUCUUAUAUAAAAGCUUUAUUUUUUAUGUCUAGCAAAUUUGCUCAGAUGCUUUACUUUUGGAAUUGCAAGCUUUGUGUAUUGCACGUUACUCAGUCCAGUUUUAUAUAGUACAUGUUCCCAAACUUCUACACAUUAUAUAUCAGUUCUCUUUAGGUUGAAUGCAAAUGUUUUUACUCUCAUAUGCACAUUUUUGUGAAUUGGAUAAGAACAUAUCUUUAUCAUCAUCAUAAUCUAAUGUCUUCUAGGGUUGAAAUCUCAAGGUUACUUCCUGUGGGCUCUUAUGUGUACUGGUAUUAUCAAUCUUUAGGCAAAUACUGACUUUGUGUAAGACAAAUGUUCUACAUAGUAAAGAAUAAUAAGUUAUUGCUUGAGUGCAAAUGAGAGUAAAAAGUAAUAUCAACCAUCUAUUGCAGAGGUGUCCUUAUGAGGAGGAUCCACAUCAGAUCAAACAAAUGAAAAUGUUUGAAUGUGGAUUUAACUUCUUUUUUUAGUACACAUGUAAAUGAAAUCUGUGGUAAAACUUAUCACUUAUUCUGUCUGUCUGCAGUUUUUUUUAAUGUGCAACAGACUGUUUACACAUUAUUUUGUGCUGCUGAUGGGGGUAUAUUUUAUAAUCUCCCCCUACAGUGGCAUCCAUCUUGGCUUAAUUAGUUUUUUAUUUUAAUUCUUUUUGCUCUAAAUGAAGUCUGGUGACCUUACCUGGCCUUAGUGCUCGCUGAUGUUAAACCCUUGUUCAAACAUAGUUACCAGUUGGUUUAGGUUGUGCCAAAUAUUUUGUGAGCACCAUUUUUAAAGAGCUCAAAGAAUCAGUGCGGAUAAAAAAAAAACAUUUGUUUUUUAGCUAAAACAAAACAGAUAGACUAUGUUAAUGCUACCAUCCAACAGUAUUUGUGUGCAAUCUGAGGCAACAAAGCACUUAAAAGUAAAUGCUGACAGGGAGUGCCUCAAAUCAAAGUGUGUUAAUGCGGUACACAAACUUUUACAGAAACGGUUUGGUGGGACUCGAAUUCGAGUAAUUAAGGCAGCAAUUUGAGCCUGUGUCUGUGUUCAAGACAAUUUUUUUUCUCCUUUUAAAGGUGUCUUAAAUGAAUCCCAGGCAGAUACAUUUGAAAUGUUUUCAAUUUCACAUCACUUUUACAAUUCAAAAACACUGUAAACCCUACAGAGGGUUACUGAUUUACAAAGAAGUGCUGACUGUAUUGUUACAAAGCAUGAACACAUUGCAGAUGUGUGUAAGUUUGUAUGUUUUGUACUUUUCGUAGUUUACAAGCUUGAGCAUGUUCACACAUUAGGUUACAGAUUUUGUCAAGCGUGGAUAUGGGUUGUGUUUUCAUUGUCCUGUGGCACAUUGCUGAAUUAUUUUACUUGGGAUUUGUCAUUUUCUUUAUUGACAAUACUGUAACAUUGGUACACAAUAGUGUCAUAACAAUAUUUUCUCAUGAGUGCAUUAUAUCCCAUUAUAUAAUGCCCCCCUAAAAUUUUCUGUUCUUCAACAUGACACUGAAGUUAUUUGAGAAUAUAUGCAUGUUUUAUAUCAGCUUUUGGUCAAUAUUUGGCAUUUUUAUCAUGUGAUUUUGAAUUAACUGAGUGUUUAUAUCAAUGUAAUUCUGUGUCAUUAUGGCAGUAUCAGUUAAAUGAAGGUAGGUUAAUUCAGGUAAACUGUGCACAUGCUGGGACACCUCUGAUGGGAAAUACCACUUGUGCCUUCUUCAAAAACAGAACAGCGAAGCCAUGUUACUUUGGUUAUUUGUUGUGGUUUAUUUAUUUAACCAAGUGUAUGUUACUGUAUAUAGAGAGGUUACAAUGCUUUUAUCAAUGCACAGCUUUAAAGUGAAUUUUCAGUAAGUACUGUAUUGUAAGUUUUGCUUAUGUGUGGUGUUAGUGACUCAUCAAAAAGAGUCAACAAGAUUUUUUUGUUGCCAGUUUGAGAAUAAUAAAAAAAAAAUUACAUGA